AUGGCACACCCCCCAUCGUUUAGGGCUCGGGAGCACCAGAUUGCUUCGGAAGAGUGCAGCGAGAAAAGAGGUACGAGCGAGCCGGAUGCAGGUCUUGAGACUGGCAAGACGUUGAGAGAAAACGGGCCAGUAAAGUACACGUGCCUGCGUGGCCGCUGCCAGUCCCAGCCGACCAAUUGCCAAUCUAUCCAACACACUGUGCACGGCGGCAUCGACACCACCUUCGCUGCACUUGAUCGCGAAGAGAUGGUGUUGACAGCGGGGAAUGGAGACGGCCCGUCAGCCAAGGGAGCAAGCGAGCGCAACGGGACUAGGAUGCCGUGGCGUGAAGCAGCGCUCAAUCGGAAGCUGUGA